AAUGUUUUUAAUUAGUCUUUAUAUACUAUGCCAAAGUUUUACUGCCCUUUUAUGUGAUAACGGAAAUACUAAUGACUUAGAAGAUGACGAACUUUCUGAAGCUGCUUCUCUAGCUAUCGUUUUAUCUAGUUCAGUUGGCGUGGCACUUUUUGGGUAUGCAGUUACUUAUUUAUUAAUUAGAGCUAUUAGGAAGUAUCAACAAUCAAAAAUAGAUGCUGAAUUUUCAAUGGGUGUAAUUAGCCAGAACACACAACCGUCAAUAACAAGCACUAGAGCUGGUAGAGCCACGUCGUAUAUCCAUAGUGGAGGCUCUGUUGCCAUGACACCUAACAUGAUUGGCGGCCCACCCAACAGAACACCGAGUAUGAUGGGUGGUGGCGUGACUAGAAGAACCCCAAGUAUGAUGGGGCCUGCUAGAACUCAAAGUAUGAUGGGGGCAAUGGGUUCAGGUAUGCCUAUGAGGACGCCAAGUAUGAUGGGAGGAAUGGGUAGUAUGGGAGGGGGUAUGCCUAUGAGAACACCCAGUAUGAUGGGAGGAAUGGGUGGCGUGGGAGGCGGUAUGCCUAUGAGAACUCCAAGUAUGAUGAACAAUAUGGGUGGCAUGAUGCAAAUGGGGACUCAUGGAAUGAUGGGAGGGGGUAUGCCAAUGGGGGGAGCCGGUAUGAUGGCAGGUCCAGGGAUGAUGGGUGGAGGCAUGCCUAUGAGGACCGCAAGUAUGAUGGGUGGAAUGCAAACUCCCAGUAUGAUGGGUAUGCCAAUGAGAAGCCCUAGCAUGAUGAUGUCAAUGGGGCCAAUGGCUCAAAGUAUGCAAAUGCCCAUGAAUAUUCCUAUGAGAACGCCGAGUAUGAUGGGAGGAAUACCAAUGAUGAUGUAA